GUUGUUGGGAAUUUAAUUUAUUGAAAGGUUGUCUGCGACACAAUUCAGUCGUCUCGAGUGAUAAAUCAAAAAAUUUAAUAAUAAUAAUUGCUUAAACAAUUAUUUGUUUUGUUAAUCUUAUUAAUUUAUUUAAAAAAAGGAAAUUGGUUUAAACAAAAUGUAUAUGUACGAGCAGCCCAGUAAAAAUACGUUUACAACGGUUGAAGAAUUCCAAGAAGCCUUCAACCUCUUCGACAACCGCGGAGAUGGUAAAAUUCAACUUAGUCAAGUUGGUGAAUGUCUUCGCGCUCUCGGCCAAAAUCCCACUGAGUCCGAUGUCAAGAAAUGCACUCAUCAAUUGAAGCCCGACGAACGUAUCUCCUUCGAAGUGUUCUUGCCCAUUUACCAGGCCAUAUCAAAGGCACGUUCCGGUGAUACUGCCGAUGAUUUCAUCGAAGGUCUACGUCAUUUCGACAAGGAUGCCAGUGGCUUCAUUUCGACAGCUGAACUUAGGCAUUUAUUGACCACAUUGGGUGAGAAACUCACCGAUGAGGAAGUCGAACAAUUACUUGCUAACCAAGAGGACUCACAGGGUAAUGUAAAUUACGAGGAAUUCGUUCGAAUGGUUAUGAGCGGUUAAACAAAAAAAAAAAAAAAACAAGCACCAAUUAGCAUUUUUCUACCAUAAAACAAAAAUAUUAAAUUUAAAAAAAUAAAA